UUUUUCUUUCUUCUCCCUUUUAUUCAGCCAAAAGCAAGAGAAAAACAAACACAUACACACAGAAAGAUAGAGAGAGAAGAUAAGAUGGGUGUGAACGAAGAUUUCAACAAGGAUAUUGAUUAUGAUCAUCAUGAGUAUGUGGAUGAUGAUGAUGUUCCUCUUCCGGGGUUUCGAUUCCACCCUACAGAUGAAGAACUUGUUAGUUUCUAUCUUCAAAGGAAGCUUGACAAGAAACCCAUCAGCAUCGAGCUCAUCAAACAGAUUGAUAUUUACAAAUACGAUCCUUGGGAUCUUCCGAAAACCAGUGCCACUGGAGGAGAGAAAGAAGGGUACUUCUUUUGCAGAAGAGGGAGGAAGUAUAGGAACAGCAUAAGGCCUAACAGAGUCACUGGCUCAGGGUUCUGGAAAGCAACUGGCAUAGACAAGCCAGUGUACUCACAUGGAGGAGAAGGCAAUGACUGCAUUGGCCUCAAAAAAACACUAGUGUAUUACCGUGGCAGUGCAGGCAAAGGCAUCAAAACUGAUUGGAUGAUGCACGAGUUUCGCCUUCCUUCUAACACAGACAACAACAACACCAACCUUCGCAGCUCCAAGAAUUACGUAGAUGUUCCCCAAGAAGCCGAAAUUUGGACAUUGUGUCGAAUUUUCAAGAGAAAUGUCUCACAGAGGAAGCACACGCCAGACUUGAAACAAAUAUCAGCUAAGCGCCAAUCCAUUCAUGACAAGAGUUCAAGAAUGAGCAAUGUGGAGUUCAAUACUACUAAUCAAGAAUCAUAUAUAAACUUUGGUGGCCACUAUCACAAUGAGCAGAAACCUACCAUUAACUACACAAACAGUGAUCAAAGGAAUCAGUAUCAUGUGAUGACUCAUCAUCAGUUGUGUGCUCCGGUGGCACAGCAGCAUCAGCAACCUCAACAACUAACUUCACCAUCUUCUAACUUUUGGAUUAACAACCCACCUGGGAACGACUUCUUCACGUUUGAUAACUGGGAUGAGCUUGGAUCUUUAGUGAAGUUUGCGGUUGAUUCGCCUAGCUUGUAGAUAAAAGAUGUGCAUGGUUCCAUGUUGGGUUGAUUAGAUGUUAAUUAGAAUGAAAUAUACUCCCUCCCAGUCUUUUUUACAAGAAACAAGUUUUAGACACACUAAAAUUAGUUUCUUAUAAAAAGAACUAGAGCAAGUAAAUCCUAAUGAGUGCGUUUGCAUGUAUUAGAGAGUAUUGAUGUUGGUGGUCAUAACUUUUAGUAGCAGACUUGUUGACAUGAUAUGUAUGAAUUUGUUGCUUCUUACUAGUUCAUAUAUACAAAAAAUCUUUUUAAA